AUGUCGUCCCAUCUCAUAUCCUCCUCCCCCUCGCCGUCAAUGCGCCUCCCCAAGCUCGCCGCCCUCCUACAAUGCGAGCCCUACUCCACCAAAACCACGGCCCGAGGCAGCAGCCGGAAAACCCCGGAACCGACCAAGCCCAAGCCCGAGAAACGCUCCGCGCGGACAUCGUUGAUAUCUUUCUCCCAGAUAGCCCUGAAGCAAUCGGAGGAGCUGACCGCCGUCUGGCCCAAGCCGGGGACGAUAUCGUACCAGUCGAAGGCCGCCAACUUCGUGAACCUGAUCGGCCGGGUCGGGAUUCCCAUCCGAUUCGAGUCCGCCGGCGGCGGAAAGCAUCUGGCCACCACUGUGAUUUCCCUCAUGAACGGUGGCGUAAAAGAUCCCUUGAAGAUCCCCGUCCUGUUCGAGGGGCUCUUGGCCCGCGUCGUGUCGGGUCAUGUCCGGGAGAACGACUGCGUCUUCGUGUCCGGUCACCUGAGCGUGGACCCCACGGGUCCAGUCCCGAGCGAGAGCGAGAGCGAGAGCCUCGGAAAAUUCCAUGUCGUGGCUGAAAAUAUCAACUUUGUGGUGGGGUUGGAGAAGAAUAGUUUAUAUGGGUUGGGAACUGAUAAAUCUGUUGAGAACGCAGCUAAUUUGUUUGAUAAAUUGUCCGAAAAAGUAGAGUUGUUUGAUAAAUUGUCCGUAGAGACUGAGGACGACGAGCUAUUAGCACAAACAGCAAUUCCGGAAAGUGGGAAUGGCGAUGGAAAGAAAAAGGAUGCGGAUAAAACCACGGAUCUCUGGAGGGAUCUUGUGAAGAAUCCACUGCAAUGGUGGGAUUUUCGCGAGCACAAGGCAAACAGGCUGGUAAAGGAAAACCAUCCGGAUUUCAAGCAGAAGGUGACUGAGGAGCCUCUCUGGAUUAAGAGUGCCCCCAAAUGGAUCUUGCCUGAGAUAGUAAAAUUGGAGUUUGAAGUGAAGAAUAUGAGGCCGAAGCAGAACAAGACAGAUGAUUCUUGGAAGGAAUUGGUUGAAAAUCUCGAUGAUUGGUGGGAUAACAGGGCCACGAAAAGAAACCCUAAAGCGCCGGAUUUUAGGCACAAGGUAACUAGCAAGGGUAUGUGGUUGAGUGAGUCGCCUAGCUGGGUGUUGUCUAAGCUUCCACCAGUAAAAAAUUAA